UUUUUUAGACUCAUCUGGUCACAGACAGAAUGAAGAGGAAGAGUCCAGUGGCAAGAGACCAGUCAGUGGCUAAGGCAGCAGCUCUGAUGAGGUGUUUUUCAGGUGUUCCCCAACUUGCCAAGGACACACAGCCACAAAUCCACCUCCCAGUCUCACCACAGAGCAUCAAGAAACUGAUACUGUCUAUCCAUCUCUCCCUACAGGCUGUAGUACUUCUGUGUCCAUAGCAGUAGACAAAGUCCUUUGGGAACCAUGAAGAUUUUUUUCCGCUACCAGACAUUUAGAUUCAUCUGGCUCACCAAGCCACCUGGCCGACACUUUCACAAAGAUCACAGGCUUUGGACGCCUCUGACUCUUGCUGACUUUGAAGCCAUAAAUCGCUGUAACAAGCCAUUGCCUAAAAACUUUAACUUUGCUGCAGACGUGCUGGACCAGUGGUCCCAAAAGGAGAAGACAGGGGAGAGACCAGCUAACCCAGCCCUGUGGUGGGUGAAUGGCAAAGGGGAUGAGGUAAAAUGGAGCUUCAGAGAACUGGGCUCCUUGUCCCGAAAAGCUGCCAACGUGCUCACCAAGCCCUGUGGCCUGCAGAGAGGAGACCGUGUGGCCGUGAUUCUGCCCCGAAUCCCUGAGUGGUGGCUGGUCAAUGUAGCUUGCAUACGAACAGGGAUCGUCUUCAUGCCGGGAACAAUCCAGCUGACAGCAAAAGACAUCCUCUACCGGCUGCGAGCAUCCAAGGCCAAGUGCAUUGUGGCCAGUGAGGAGGUGGCCCCAGCGGUGGAGUCCAUUGCAUUGGAGUGUCCUGACCUUAAGACAAAACUCCUGGUGUCUCCACAAAGCCGGAACGGGUGGCUCAGCUUCCAGGAGUUAUUUCAAUUCGCCUCUGAAGAGCACAGCUGUGUGGAAACAGGAAGUCAAGAACCAAUGACCAUUUAUUUCACCAGUGGGACCACAGGCUGUCCUAAAAUGGCCCAGCACUCUCAGAGCAGCCUCGGCAUUGGGUUCACCCUCUGCGGAAGGUAUUGGCUGGACUUGAAGUCCUCAGAUAUCAUAUGGAAUAUUUCUGACACAGGCUGGGUCAAGGCCGCCAUUGGCAGUGUGUUUUCUUCCUGGCUGUGUGGAGCCUGUGUUUUUGUGCAUCGAAUGGCACAGUUUGACACUGACACCUUCCUAGACACGCUUACCACUUAUCCCAUCACGACCCUGUGCAGUCCUCCCACCGUGUACCGGAUGCUCGUGCAAAAAGACCUUAAGAGAUAUAAAUUCAAGAGUCUGUGGCACUGCUUGACCGGAGGGGAGCCACUCAACCCAGAAGUGCUGGAGCAGUGGAAGGCACAAACUGGGUUGGAGCUAUAUGAGGGCUACGGACAGACGGAAGUGGGAAUAAUUUGUGCCAAUCAGAAAGGCCAAGAAAUUAAAGCAGGUUCAAUGGGGAAAGGAAUGCUGCCCUAUGAUGUCCAGAUUAUAGAUGAAAAUGGCAAUGUUCUACCACCUGGCAAAGAAGGGGAAAUUGCCCUCAGACUCAAAUCUACACGGCCCUUCUGUUUCUUCUCUGAAUAUGUGGACAAUCCACAGAAAACUGCUGCCACGAUAAGAGGAGAUUUUUAUGUCACUGGAGACAGAGGAGUGAUGGACAGUGAUGGGUAUUUCUGGUUUGUGGGCAGAGCUGAUGAUGUCAUUAUAUCCUCUGGGUACCGUAUUGGGCCAUUCGAAGUGGAGAGUGCACUCAUUGAGCACCCAGCAGUUGUUGAAUCGGCUGUUGUCAGUAGUCCAGAUCAAAUCCGAGGAGAGGUGGUAAAAGCUUUUGUUGUCUUAGCUGCACCCUUUAAGUCCUACAACCCAGAGAAAUUAACUCUUGAGCUUCAGGAUCAUGUGAAAAAAUCAACUGCACCUUACAAAUAUCCAAGAAAGGUGGAAUUUGUUCAAGAACUCCCAAAGACAAUCACUGGGAAAAUCAAACGCAACGUUUUAAGAGACCAAGAAUGGAGACGAAGAUAGUUUGAUAAGAAAACUGAAGGGUUAAGUAGUAAUAUGGUUGCUUUCUUUUAGUAUUUGUUCCUGAUAAUUCAGUGACUACUCUCUUAAAAUGUUUAAGAUCUUUCCUGCUUGAAAACUCAACUGUUGAUUUUUUGGUUUUUACUUAGCUAAAAAAUUUAAAAGUAAAUAAAAGCCUCAAAAAUAUAUGGAUGAAAAUUGUUAUAAUGACCAAACUGACAAAGAUAAUGAUGAUGAUUUGUAGUGUUUAAAAUAGCAGGAAUCAAAUGAUUGCUUAGAACAAGAAAGUGCACAUUGAGUCUGUAUUUCAUUUACCUUGUGCCUGAUUGAUUCAAAAUAAAGAUAUAUCC